CGUACCGGCUUCAAGGCUCCAACGGUCCAACCCAUUGAAUUGCUCUGCCUAUAAUUCUCAAAUGUCAACAACUCAAAAAGGAAAAAAAAUCCCGGAUGAACGUAGCUAUACCUCUUCCUUCUCUUUCUCAGUUCUCCAUUGAAGCGCCUAUGAUGUUCUCCAUUGAAGCGCCUUCUAAUACAUGUAUCCCCCUUUGAAGCAGCUUCUGAGAAAUAUUCCUGUUGGUGUUUUUCCUGCUGGCUUACUAUUGGCAUGUGUCCCUAUUUGACGUGAUUUAGUGGAGUUUAGCACCGUUUCUGAUAUUAGGUAUCAACAAAGAGAAUCAAGAUUCUGUUGUGUAUUGCCAGAGGUAGUGGAUUCUGUAAAAGCCUAGCUAUUUUAGCUUACAGCAAUUGGGACUUGUGUUCUACUAGUGGGUGCUCCUUCGUAGCAUCUGAGAGUGAAGAGGAUAAUAGAAUGGCACUAUAAGAACAAUGGAGGUCCUAGAGAAAAAAUAUCCCGUUGAUGCAAAGGAAUACAAGUUGUAUGAGGAAGUUGGGGAAGGUGUGAGUGCUACCGUGUACAGGGCUCUUUGUAUUCCGUUCAAUGAGGUAGUUGCUAUUAAGGUUCUUGAUCUAGAGAGAUGCAAUAAUGACCUGGAUGGAAUUCGUCGUGAGGUCCAUACAAUGAGUUUGAUUGAUCAUCCAAAUGUGUUACGUGCUCAUUGCUCAUUUACAGCAGGUCACAGCCUCUGGGUUGUGAUGCCAUAUAUGGCGGGAGGAUCUUGCCUUCACAUAAUGAAGUCUACAUAUCCAGAAGGCUUUGAGGAACCUAUUAUUGCUACACUACUUCGUGAAACUCUUAAAGCACUUGUUUAUCUUCAUGCUCAUGGUCAUAUACACAGAGAUGUGAAGGCUGGAAAUAUAUUACUUGACUCCAAUGGCACAGUGAAGGUGGCAGAUUUUGGUGUCUCAGCUUGUAUGUUUGACACUGGUGAUAGACAGCGGACUAGAAAUACCUUCGUUGGUACUCCGUGCUGGAUGGCCCCUGAAGUUAUGCAACAACUGCAUGGAUAUGAUUUUAAAGCAGAUAUAUGGUCUUUUGGGAUAACAGCUCUUGAGCUUGCUCAUGGUCAUGCCCCAUUCUCCAAGUACCCUCCAAUGAAGGUUCUUUUGAUGACUUUGCAAAAUGCACCACCAGGUCUUGAUUAUGAGAGAGAUAAGCGAUUCUCAAAGUCUUUUAAAGAAUUGGUGGCUGCAUGCUUGGUGAAGGAUCCAAAGAAACGACCCACUUCUGAGAAAUUAUUUAAGCAUCCCUUUUUCAAACAUGCAAAAUCAUCUGAUUUUGUGGCUCGCUCAAUACUUGAUGGCCUGCCUCCACUUGGUGAACGUUUUCAAAUGCUUAAGGCAAAAGAAGCAGAUCUUCUUGUUCAGAACAAAGAUUUGUAUGGGGACAAGGAUCAGUUGUCUCAGCAAGAGUACAUUCGAGGCAUAAGUGCCUGGAAUUUCAACUUGGAGGAUUUGAAGAAUCAAGCAGCCCUUAUUCAAGAUGACGACAAUAAUUUAAUUGAAGAAAACCCUAAUUUAGGGUUGAAAGACAGGCUUGAUGAACAAUCUGUUCAUACAGAUAAACCAUCUUCCGAGGGGACGAUUCAUUCAAAUACUUCAGAUAGUCAUGAGGAUGGGUUUGAUGAUCUUGAUAGCUUGGAAGGUUCACUGGCUUCAUUUCCUAUUCAACCCCUGCAGGCACUUAAAGGGUAUUUUGAUAUUGGUGAAGAUGAUAUGAAGAGUAUUAGAUACAAAAAUGCAUCUCUGACAGAUGCUGAAAUAAAUUUUUCCAAAACUGAAAAUGAGCAAGUAGGAAGAACUAAUGGUGACAAUUUGGUUCGGAGCAGCUCCCUACCGCAAUUUGUUAAUGCUGGACAGAAAAAGGCUCUUAGUGGUCCUCUCCUCUAUGAAAAUGUGAGCUCAUCAAGGAAGAUGAUCACUGAUGGGGAUAGGGACAACAUGCAACCAAGGCAUCCCGCUGAUAGAAAUUACAGCGGCCCAAUCUCAUAUCGUCAAAGGAGAGAUACAAAUAACAAUACAUUAGUGGAGGAUUCUUCAGAAGGGGCUGUUGUUAAGCGCAAAGGUCGUUUUCAAGUUACAUCAGCUGAUGUCAGCCAGAAGGGCCAGAUUUGCCUAAGCUCUGGGAGCACAGCUGGGCUCAUGCCUCCAUACCUUUCUGCUAGUACAAUCCUUCCAACCUUGCAGUAUGUUUUGCAGCAGAACAAUUUGCAAAGGGAUGAAUUAAUCAAAUUAAUUAAGCAUGUGGAGCUAGGCAACAUCUGUGAGUCUGCUGAUGCAACGAGUAAUGGCAUUUCACAGACAUUGCCGGUCUCUACUACAGAGGGUGAACUUUUGUCUCAAGUUAUGCAAUUACAACAAAGAAUCGGGAGCCUGGUAGAUGAGCUGCAAAGACAAAAAUUAAAGAAUGCUCAGUUGGAGCGGCAAUUGGAUUAUUUUUACAAGAAAGCUGAAAAGACAAAAGAAUGAUCUCUGAUUACCAAAAGUGCCUCCUUAUGAAGAUGGUGUAAUGGUGGCGGCGGAAUGUAAUCAGCUUUGCCUAUAACACAGUUUGUCUCCUUGUGAGGAUGGUGGUGAACUGGUGGCGGUAACAUAUUUUGAUAACCAGCUUUUCUCUAUAUGGGGACACAUGCAUAGCUUCCAUAUUUGCUGCAUGAUGCAAGCUCCAAGGGUUCUAUUGUUCAUUUUUUUGGUAUUGUGUAGAACAUGGAACUUCUGUAAAAUGUAAGUCUAUUUUCUUCUUCUUAACGCAAUAUUAUAUUUAGUAUUAGGGAAAGUAUCUCGCUCGGUCUUGCCAUGAUAAAAGAAAUUGAAAUAUCUGCUAUUUAAAUUUUAAUAUAAAUAUUGUAUAAAAAAAAACAAAAGGAUGAGGUUUGUUUGAACAAUUGUAUACUUUGUACUUUUGCUUAAUUUGCUUCCUAUUUCUUAUGCCCUACCAAGCACCACGAAGCCCACACCAACUUGCCUACCCUGCAGGCCUGCAGUAUGAUUUUAUGAGACAAAACCCUCUAAUUUUCGUUUCUUUAUAAUAGUAUAGACCCUACA